AUGGUGGAGUCUCUUGUUGUUGUGCCUUUAAAUCCAAGUAAUGCCAUUUGCCAAACCAUUUAUCAACAUCUCCAAAACGAAGUCUUUGGUGGUCGAACUUUAAGAGAUGGCAGGAACACUAUUACUCCAUCCUCAACAUGCAUGUUGUGGCUUGGGCGUUAUCCGACCUCAAAGCGAUGCAAAUGCGAAGCAUGGAUUCAUGCCAACAAGGGGAUGAAGAAAAAGUGA